GUCUUGCCAGAUGGUCCGCAGAUGUAUCGCGAUCGAGGCCUACGUGCUGCCAUUUGGCAGGCCUCUGGGCAUCAGAUCACUUCAUCGCUUGGUGGUGCCAACGUCCUGCCCGGGCAUAGCGCAAAAGCUCCAGCGCUUUCUAAGCAAGUGUCCGCAACAGUGGCUCGUGCUCUGCUGGAUGUUCGACGUCUACGCUCAAUCAAGUCUCAAGUGGACGAAUGAUGGUGGACGCGCUGUGAACAUGCUGCUGCCAGCUGCACUCCUUUUCUGCUUGCGAUGCAUCGACACUUUCUUGGCAUUUCCAAUGUGGUGCGCUUGCAGCCACCUGUUGCAUUGA